AUGAGAGUGCUUCUGGUUCUCUUGCUUCUAUUGGCCUUGACCACAUCUUCAAGUGCAAUUUACUGUCUGUGCAAAGAUGGGAUUGGAGACACCGAGCUUCAAACAUCAAUAGACUAUGCAUGUGGAACCUUAGCAGAUUGUAAUCCAAUCAAAGAAAAGGGUCCUUGUUAUCAACCAAACACCUUCAAAAGCCACUGUGAUUGGGCUGUUAACAGCUACUUCCAGAAAGCAGCUCAAGCCCCUGGAAGCUGCAAUUUCUCUGGCACUGCCACUACCAGUCAAAACCCACCUUCCAAUUUGGUUACUGGUUGCAUCUAUCCUUCAAGCCCUAGCUCUGCAGGGUCGCCUCCAUCAAACACACCACCGACGGGGACAACACCACCGACAAACGGAACUACUCCAUUCCCGGGGACUCCGUUCCCGGGGACUCCGUUUCCUGGUUCUCCUCCUGUGUUUGGUCCAACCGGAGGGUUUAAUCCAGGCAAUGGUGCUUCCAGUUUGGUCAUUUCCUCUGUUUUCACACUCUGUUUCUCAUCACUAGCGUUCUGUUUCUCAUCACUAGCGUUGGGAUUUUGA